UGCUUAGCCGCCCGCCUUGACUUUUUGGCACUUGGCUCAAAGACAACCACGUAACCUGCCCACCACCCUCUGCAACGCCUCUGCCCGCGAACUUUGAUGGCGAAGAGGUUUUACCACCGAAAAGGACAUACUCUCACCAUUACACACCGCUGCCCUAUAUAGACAUCCUUUAUUCUCCGUUCUUCACUCUCUAUUCCUCUCCUUCACAAUGUCAAUGGCGCCGAGCUCGCCCCGGCUACCCAGUCCACCGCCGCCUGCCGAGAUCCAAAUCGGUCCUCCAUCCCCCUCAAUGGGUGUACAGUCGAAUCGUCAGGCUUUGCCUAUGGAGCAGUCCCUGAUCGAGUCGAAUUCGAGGCGCCGCAUACACCCGGGUACUAAAGCUGCCGACAUGGCUGCUGGUCCGCCGCUGAUUCCCCUUAAUGAGCUCGAUUCGGCCUUUCAGCUUCAGGAGCACCUUGCCGCCCUCCAUUACUACCAUACCAACAGUAACAGUACCCCGAUAACCCGUACGACGGCGAUCCAGCUCGCGACUCCCCCGCCUGGCAUUGACCGCACGUUAUGGCUAUACGAAUUGUGCCGCUUCCUCAUCUCGCAGUGCAAUACUCUCAUCGUUGGCUUCCUCUUCGACUCCCCGCCCUGCAGCGCCGCGACAUGUCCCGAGAUGCGCGCCUCCGAGUGGCAAUUCCUUUGCGCCGUCCACGAGCAGCCCAAGAGCUGCUGCGCCAUCGACUACUGCUGCCACACGCUUGACUGGGCCGCGAAUAUUGUCACCGAUCCCAAAAUCUUCCCUUCGCGAUUCGUCGUCCUCUCCGACGUUCACAAUAAGAGCGUGGCCGUCAAGAACCUCGUCAAUGUCUUCCGCCGCCUGCACCGCAUCUUCGCUCACGCAUGGUUCCAACACCGUGCCGUAUUCUGGACUAUCGAGGGCCAGACCGGCCUCUACGUCUUCUUCAAGACCGUCUGCGACAUGUACGACCUCCUCCCCGCGGAGAACUAUAAGCUCCCGCCCGAGGCCGAGGGUCUUGAGACCGCGACGGCCGUGCCCGACGCAAAUGGCGGUGAUAAGAAGCAGCUACCAAUGUCGAUCAUCAAGUCUUCGCAUCAUGGAGAAGGUGGGGUUCAAGAAGAGGACAACUUCCAGCCUGUGGGCCGUACUGCCACGAGACGUCACGUCAGAGCUAGCCCGUCUGUCGGGAGUGCGGUGACGACCGUCGUCGAGGCUGAGGAGGAGGAGAGCGACAUGACGAGCAAGCUGCGCGCGAUGCGCAUCUCGGCCCCGGAUACGGUCGAGGAGGAGCCCGAAAUGGCGGACGUGCCCGUAAUUGUUGAGAAGGAAGUCAUGGAUGAUGCCUCACCCACGGAAGAGAAUGAGCCUACUGUGUCCGCACCUCAAGAGGUUGUACCCGAGAAGCCCGAAACAGAGUCUGGCGGUACGGAAAAGCCUGCCGAGCCAACCGAAGAUGAGCCGAGCAGGGCGCCAACGGAAUUUGACGAUUCAGAGGAGCCCUCUGCGUCGGCACGACUUGAUAAGGAGCCUUCGGCGACGGAGAAUGAAGCAGUAGAAGCUGGGGACGAAGUUGGGAAACUAGAUAGCAAGGCUGCCGACGACGCCUCCGCCGAGACCAAGGAAGAGUCUGUCGAAAAUGACGACGUCAGCACCAAGGAUUUCGCUCAGGACACAGCUGAGUCCGCGACAAAGAUAGAUGCCACAAAAGAUGAUAACAAGCCCGAAGAACCCAAGAAGGGCAGCGAUGGGCCCAAGGCGGAGUCCGCAGAGGAGGUCAAGGAGACGUGAGAGAGGAAAGAAGAUUAACGACUUUGGUAAUUAUGAUGAGUUUUGGAAGUACCGGCUUGUUCUUGUGGAAGGGGGGAUUCAGCCAGCCGGGCACCGCUUUGUUCUCAUUACAUGCGUGUGUUCUCCACAAAGUCCUUGUGGCGGGGGUGCUUCACUUUUUUUAUUCUGUUAAUUGUAAUGAGACGAGGUCCACGUAUGUAUAAUAUUUGCUUUUGUAAUCUUGUGAUGUGUUUGGCGCAUCACUGGAAGUAUGUAUCAACAAGAAGAACCAGGAGAAGAAUAGUGAUAAUAGAAGAAGAAGAAGAACAAGAAGAAGAAGAAGAAGAAAGAGAAGAAACAGAAUAAAAAGAAAAAGAAAAAGAAGACGACAACAACAGCAACGUCUAU